GAGGAGGUUGAUGUCCACUUUGAACCUGUAAUCAAACUCACAGAGCAAGUCGACACCAAAACUCAUGAAGAAGAUGAAGAUGUUCUCUUCAAGAUGCGUGCUAAACUCUUCCGCUUUGAUGGUGAAUCUGCAGAAUGGAAGGAACGCGGUACUGGGGAUGCCCGUCUUCUCUCGCAUAAGGAAACUAAGAAAGUGAGACUGGUAAUGAGGCGUGACAAGACCUUGAAGGUCUGCGCGAACCACGUUAUCUCUGCUGAAAUGCGCCUCCAACCCAAUAUCGGCUCUGAUAGGAGUUGGGUUUGGAAAGUAGCUGCUGAUUACUCUGAGGCUCCACCGACUUCGGAGACGCUUGCUAUUCGUUUCGCGAACUCUGAAAAUGCUGCUCAGUUCAAGACCGCCUUUGAGGAUGCACAGAAGAAGAACGCCGGACUGACAAAGGAACCAGCAGAGGCUAAG